CUGUGACGCUAGUAGUAAUGGCUUUUGCUUCAUAUGAAUAAUUGUAGUAUAUGUGCAGUUGAUAAGUGUGUAAGUUUAAUUGACAAAAGUCUAGUUGUGGUGUUUUGACAGGCCUUGAUAAAUUGGUAGUGAUGCUUUUUUAUUUCGUCUGUACAGUUGUACAUUUGUAAACGUUGAUGCUGUAAAUGGAUGUCUUUUACACUUUGGGGGAAAAAUUGCCUAAAUGUGCAUUUUGAUGUAUGUGUGUGUAUAUUCAUCACUCCUUUCCCCUCAAAUAUAAUGUAUACAGUUUUAUUUGAUCAAGCGUUAUUUUAAAACAAUCUUUUUAUGGCUUCUCGAUCUGACAUGGUUUUGUUUUAAAUCUGUUAUGAGAAAGGUCGGCCUCGUUUUGUAUGCGGAGCUUUAUAACGUCUCCUGUUUAUAUUGUCUUUCUGACGUGUGACAGUUUUAAAGGAACACCAAUGCUCUGUACCUAAAAUGAGGCUGCUUCUGGUCCCCUCUGCUGCCAUGGAAACUUCACAGGAUAUGACAGAAUUAUUUUUGUACAGAAGAGUGCUGUAUUUUGGAACAGCUACUACCUUGUAAGCAAAAGAAAUGUAAGAUAUUGUCAAUUAUAUAAAUAUGAACAUAUGAGUUUUGUCACACUGUCAAAGUCUUGUACAUUUUCAGGUGGCCUUAUGUACAUUUCCAGACGUUUAGAUGAAGAAAAAAAGACUCAUUUUUUGGAAGCAGAAUUGUGACUGUAUGAUUAAACCGUUCUAACAUUUGAUAAUUUAUUUCUGUGCCUUUUUUUUUAUUUUAAAUUUUAUAUCUUCUUUUAGGAAGUUGGUGUGCAAACUAUAGUACUUGAAUUUGGAACAUGAAGUUGGAUUUAACUGGCCUGCUUAGCACCUGUUUUGAGCAGUAGAUGGUGCUUCUUGCCAGUCUCCAGUUUACACUCAAGACUAAUUUUCAAUGUCAAUUGUUUUAAAGUAGUUUCUUAACAGGUUGCUGAAUGUCUGUCUACAUUCUGCAGAUCACACAAGAUUUAAUUUGAGUCAAGAUUUGUCUGACUCUGAUCCUGUGUGUCUGACUCUUGACAUUCUCACUAUCUGCUUCUCUAAACGGAGGGCGGAGCCUUGAAUCCCGCCACAGGUAGGUUUAACGUACACCUGUACUACUAUGAGACGGAAAAUACAUUUUAAGACCUACACUAGUAGUAAUAAAAUCACUGCAGACGACAAGAUACAAUGAGGACUUUACUGAUUUCCACUUUACUGUUUGCUAUGGGUGCAUGUUUACCUGCAAUAACCACAUCGUAUUCUAUUCCUCCAGACGACCUGGAUGGAUCGGGACAUGAUCUGGAAAGUUCUGGCUCAGGUUCAGGGGAAUGGGCAGAAGUGUCCAAAGGCUCAGUAAGGUUUACCACAAUCUCAACAUUUACAAUGACAAUGAGUGAAGAUGACUUAAUGUUCAAUGCCAUUGAUGAAGAGGAUAAAACCGUCCCAAUUAUAAUGACAGACAACACCAGAAAUAAAAUAUCAGAGGACUCAGACUUGACCUUUGACAAAAGGCCUAAGCUAGAUGACAACAACGGAUCAGCCAUUGGCAAUGUGGCAAAGAGCGGGGGUCUUCUAGAAAACAAAGAAGCGCUUGCAGCUAUUAUUGCAGGAGGAGUGGUGGGACUGGCCUUGGCUGCCUCCCUGUUAACACUCAUGGUCUAUAACAUGAAGAAGAAAGAUGAGGGAGGCUACACUGUCAACCAGAAAAACAAGUCGAACGGAGGAUAUCAGAAACCGAAGACCAAGGAGGAGUUUAUUGCAUAACUUUCCCUCAAAGACAAAAUAAUGUCUCAACCCAGCAGAUUUGUUUGAAGAGUUCAUUUUUGAGAGAAAGAAGUUGGUUGGGUUUGCGCCAUGAGAAAAUUCACAGCAGAAAAUGCAAACUUGUGGUGUAUUUGAGGUUUAAAAAGACGGUAACACUUUACUUGACACCCAGCAUCAUAACACAUAACAUGGUCAU